GCGGCGCGGUGCGCGCCGUGCGUGCCGAGCAGGCCGCAGUGCGGGCCGGGGCCGCGGCGAUGCUGGAGGAGGCGGGCGAGGUGCUGGAGUCGGUGCUCAAGGCCUCGUGCCUCCCGCUCAGCGUCCUGCUCUUCGUACCCGCCGUGCUCCUGCUUCUGGGGCCGCCGCCCGCCGCCGAGGCGGCGCACGAGUUCACGGUCUACCGCAUGCAGCAGUAUGAGCUGGGCGGGCAGCCCUACGCUUCUGGCCUCUCUACAGCCCAUCAGACUGUCCUUGGGAGCAUUGUGAGCAGGAGGCAGGCUGGAGCAAGGGGGAAGGGGUGCAGUGCCUUAGCAGCCCUCCUGCUUUCCCUGCUGGCAGGCACCAGGAGCGCCGUGCUGAACACGGAGGCGCGCACCGUGGAAGCAGACGUGCUGAGCCGCCGCUGCGUCAUGAUGAGGCUGGUGGACUUCUCCUACGAGCAGUACCAGAAGGCUCUGCGCCAGUCAGCCGGGGCUGUGGUCAUCAUCCUGCCACGAUCCAUCUCCUCUGUCCCCCAGGAUGUCGUGAGGCAAUUCAUGGAGAUAGAGCCAGAAAUGCUUGCUAUGGAAACCAUUGUGCCAGUCUACUUUGCAGUGGAAGAUGAAGAGCUGCUGUCUAUCUAUGAACAAACACGGGCUGCUUCUGCAUCACAGGGUUCUGCCUCAGCUGCAGAAGUUCUGCUGCACACAGCAACUGCCAAUGGUUUCCAGAUGGUGACCAGCGGGGCUCAAAGCAAAGCUAUCAAUGACUGGCUCAUCCCCAGUGUGGAGGGAAGGCUGACAGGGCUGGGUGGAGAAGACCUGCCCACUGUUGUGAUAGUUGCCCACUAUGAUUCCUUUGGAGUGGCUCCAUGGCUGUCCCACGGGGCUGACUCCAAUGGCAGUGGAAUCUCAGUGCUGCUGGAACUGGCCAGGCUGUUCUCUCGGCUCUACACCUACAGAAGGACCCAUGCUGGGUAUAACUUGCUGUUCUUUGCAUCUGGAGGUGGCAAGUUUAAUUACCAAGGAACUAAACGGUGGCUGGAGGAUAAUUUGGACCACACUGAUUCCAGCCUGCUGCAGGACAAUGUAGCAUUUGUUCUCUGCCUUGACACUCUGGGCAGAGGCAAUAGCCUUCAUCUUCAUGUCUCAAAGCCUCCCAAGGAGGGCACCUUGCAGCAUGCAUUUCUGAGAGAACUGGAGAUGGUUGUUGCCAGUCAGUUCCCAGAGGUGAAGUUCUCCAUGGUGCACAAGAAGAUCAACCUGGCAGAGGACAUGCUGGCGUGGGAGCACGAGCGCUUCGCCAUCCGGCGCCUGCCAGCCUUCACCAUCUCGCACCUGGAGAGCCACCGGGACAGCCUGCGCAACAGCAUCAUGGACAGGAGGGCACGAAUAGACACUAAAGCACUGACCAGGAAUACUCAGAUCAUUGCUGAGGCUUUGACAAGGGUCAUCUACAAUCUAACAGAAAAGGGAGCACCUGCAGAUAUGCAGAUCUUCACAGAUCAGAUGCAAAUCCAGCAGGAGCAGCUGGAGUCAGUGAUGGACUGGCUGAGCAGUCAACCCAGGGCUGCCCAGCUGAUUGACAAGGACAGCACCUUCCUCAACACCUUAGAAUAUUAUAUGGGACGUUACCUGAAGGAUGUCAAGCAGCACCACGUGAAGGCAGACAAACGGGACCCCGAGUUUGUUUUCUAUGAUCAGCUGAAGCAGGUGAUGAAUGCAUACAGGGUCAAGCCAGCAAUCUUUGACCUGCUCCUGGCUGUCUGUAUUGCAGCCUACCUUGGUGUUGCCUAUGUUGCAGUGCAGCACUUUGGUCUCCUUUACAAGAUGAUCCAGAGAUUAUCCCUUAAAACCAAGCAGCAGUGAAGCACCAAGUCCCCGACCCAGCAGCACUGAGCCAUCGGUGAGCCCUUUGGGAACCUUCUGCCUUCCACUGAACCCUGCUGCUCCUUUUCCGUUGUCUCCUCUUUGCUACUGUAUAGAGGGGAGGAAGGCAUAAAGAAAAUGAAAUUUUAACUCCUGUGCACCUUUGAAGUGCUUUUCUUCACCUUCUUCCCCCGACUUGCGCCAUGUCCAGUUUUCCUUUGCAUUUUGGUGAGGGAGAGGCUGAGAGACUUCAGCAAUUCCUGCAGUUUGAUUUUUGAGCAGCUUCUCUGAGUGUCACCCAAAGUCCAGCACCUUCAUGGACACUGUCACACAGCCAGCCUGGAAACUGAAACUACAGCCUCACGUGGCAUCUCUGCCCAGCAAACAAGGACUUGGAGCAGUUGUUUUAAAGAAAAAACCAAAAAGUGCACAUGCAAAUUAAAGAGAAUGCAAUGA